AGGAUGCACUUGUGAAUUACUCAACUUAAUAAUGUUAACCACGGAGUAUUACAAUGUUACAACAAUAGAGCCGGAUUACUUAGCAAGACAACCCAGGACUUUCCAAGGACCUCUCUUAGGGCUUCUCUUAGCUGCAACAUUUUUCGCAAAAGCCAGUCAAGGUAAACCUUACCUUUUAGGCUACAACCAAUCUCCUUGGGUUCCGUUUCGACCACUAUAUCCAUAUUUUCCUCCCUUAUGGUAUUCUUUGCAAGGAAAUUACGCCCACACCACUCAUUCUCCUCACAUCCUUCCUCCUCCGUUGAACCAACAGCAAAUUAUCCAUAUCCACGAUAGAAGAACAACGACCACGCCUCGUUCUCCACCUGAAGAAGAUGGCGUAGAUGAUAAUAAUCUUCCAAAACAAGAAGAGGAGGAGGAAGUUUCAGUACAACAAUCUUCAACUGAAGGGGAAACUCAAUCAUCAAAAGAAAUACAAGAUAACGAAGCUGAGCCAUCGAAUCAAUUUUAUAAAUACGUAAAGUACAAUGGAAGUGAACCUCAUUUUAAUAAGACGAGAGAAAUCGAUCAAGAACCGCAAGAAACUGGGCUAUUAGAUGAUGAAUUAGAGUUUCCGGACUACAAAGAAACUGCUAAUAGGCCAAGACGGGGCUCCUCAAGGAAAGGAUCAAGAGGACCAGAUUAUGAUGAUAGGGUACGAGGCAGAAAAAGACCAUCUAAUAAAAAGCGAACCACAACGCCAUCCUAUGAUGACUACUUUGACCGACAAGUCAAUAGAAGAAGAAGGAGACCAGGAAAUAGAAACAGGAUUAGAGGAAAUCGAAGACCUAUUAAUAGAGAUCCCGAUUAUUACGAUUCCGCAUAUGAUUAUUAUAACGAUGAUUAUCCUUUUGGUAGGCAAGAUGAAGAAGACACCACAUCCACUACAACCACCGAAGGAUCAACUGGAAAUACACCCACAGAACAGACGACUAUCAGAAACACAUAUGGAUAUACUUACGGACCUCCACCAGCAAGUUAUGGACCACCUCAAACUGGAUAUGGACCCCCCCAAACUGGAUACGGUCCUCCAAACCCAGGAAACGAUCAAAUAAGCAUUACUUACGCCCCACCAAGCGCUCCAGGCAGAGAUGUUUUAUCACCUUUAUUGGAUGCUUGGUAUAACCAAUAUUCAAAAAAUUCGGUUUUACGAAGAUUACAAGAACUUUUACAACCAAACAAUUUUUAUAAUAACCAACAAUAUGACGUAAACUACCAAGACAGUUUUUAAACGUUUCAUAUCUUUUAUUUUUCUUACUGAAAUCUCUUGGGUGGAGGGUGAAGAUUAAAAAUAAAAAAUUUUUUUCAUAAAA